ACGUUUAAAUGGCUCCACUCACACUUGGCCUCGUUCUGCUGCAGCUCGUCCCUUUUGCCCCAAUCUUCUUCUCCAAACCACAUCCUCUGGCCUCUGACAGGUGACGAGUCCCAUGGGUGCCGCGGCGAGGAAGCCCGCCGCCGCUCUGCUGCCAAUCUGGCUCUGUCUCGUCUGCGUGUCAAGAGCGCAGCCGUACAUCGGCGUGAACUACGGCGAGGUAGCGGACAACCUGCCGUCGCCGGACAAGACGGCGAGGCUGCUCAAGUCGACGUCCAUCUCCAAGGUGCGGCUGUACGGCGUGGACGCGGGGCUGAUCCGCGCGCUGGCGGGGUCCGGCAUCUCCGUGGUGGUGGGUGUGGCCAACGGCGAGAUCCCCACGCUGGCCGCCGACCCGGCCGCGGCGUCGCGGUGGCUGGCCGCCAACGUGCUGCCCUUCGUCCCGGCGACCACCAUCUCCGCCGUGGCCGUGGGCAACGAGGUGCUGGAGUCCGGGGACGCCGCGCUGGCCGCCGCGCUCCUCCCGGCCAUGCAGAACCUCCGCGCCGCGGCGGCGGCCGCGGGGGACGGCGCCGCGGGGAUCCGGUUCUCCACCGUGAACACCAUGGGCGUGAUGGCGCAGUCGGAGCCGCCGUCCGCGGGCGCGUUCCACCCGGACGUCGCGCCGCAGCUGCAGCAGAUCCUGGGAUUCCUGAGCAAGACCGGCGCGCCCUUCAUGGUCAACCCCUACCCGUGGUUCGCGUACCAGUCGGACCCGCGGCCGGAGACGCUGGCCUUCUGCCUGUUCCAGCCCAACGCCGGGCGCGUGGACGGCGGGUCCAAGGUCAGGUACGCCAACAUGUUCGACGCGCAGCUGGACGCCGUGAAGUCGGCGCUGGUGCGCGCCGGAUACGGGGGCGUGGACAUCGUGGUGGCCGAGACGGGGUGGCCGACCAGGGGCGACGCCGGGGAGCCCGGCGCCACGGUGGAGAACGCCAGGGCCUACGUGUCCAACCUGGUGGCGCACCUGCGGUCCGGCGCCGGCACGCCGCUGAUGCCGGGGAGGUCGGUGGACACGUACCUGUUCGCGCUGUACGACGAGGACCUCAAGCCGGGGCCGACGUCGGAGCGCUCGUUCGGGCUGUACCACACGGACCUGACCAUGGCGUACGACGCCGGGCUGACCUCCAACUCCAACGCCGGGGGAGGUACAGGUACUGCGGCGCCGGCGCAGCCCAAGGCGGGCGGGUGGUGCGUGGCGCGGGACGGCGCUUCGGACGCGGAGCUGCAGGCGGACCUGGACUACGCGUGCUCGCAGGUGGGCGUCGACUGCGGCGCCAUCCAGCCCGGCGGCGCGUGCUUCGAGCCCAACACGGUGCACGCCCACGCAGCGUACGCCAUGAACCAGCUGUACCAGGCGGCCGGGCGGCAACCGUGGAACUGCGACUUCCGGGCGUCCGCCACGCUCACCUCCGAGAACCCAAGCUACGGCGCAUGCGUGUACACCGGGGGAGGCCAAUAAUACACCGCGUGGCAGCGCACGAUUAGUUUUGCGUGUACCAUGCAUGAUGCCGAGCGAGGGAAGUUGGGCCCACAGGCUACAGCAAGGAGGUCUGGACUACCAUGGAUGCCAAUGCGAUCCACGGAGGCGAAGCAUCCUCUUGUUUGGCGCGUCCUUUCCAGAUGCCUUGCCUGCCAGGCUGGGAUGUGUUUGUAACUUCGUGUAAAAAGAACUGUUAGAUGUUUGCCAGUGUCACGUGAUCUUUGUGCAUAUAGUACGCGUGUCUUAAUUUACAAGUGGAAUGAGAUUGUAUGUGUGAUUAAUUUUUUUA